CUGUUACUUGUUAUUGGAUUUCUCAAGAUUUUGAAUCUAAAAAUAUUCUUUUAAGUAUUGCAGAAUUACCUUAUCCACAUGAAGCUUUUCAAAUUUUAGAAUAUAUUAAAAAUUUACUUCAAAUAUGGAAUUUAGAAUUAAAAAUUAUUUUUUUUAUAACUGAUAAUAGAGCAAAUAUAAAAAAAGCAAUCAAAGAUCUUGGAAUUAGAAUUCAAAUAUUUUGUGAUAAUAAAAAAAGACAACAACUCAGAAAAGCACAAUUAUAUCUUCAACAACAAACAUCUUAA